AAAAAAAAAAAAAAAAAAACUUUAUUGGAAGCAACAACUUCAAACGAACUCCAGUUAGACGACGCUGCCUGAGGCAAAUCAUCCCCAUUUGUGGUCUAAAUUUCGACCCGAAGUGCCAACUUCACGUCGUUAACUUUCGCCAGGGGAAGACUUUCAGCACGUUUUCAGUCGGUCAGAGCUUCAAAGAGCUUACUUUUCAGAAAUGGCAAACCGUGAAAAACCAAAUGGUCAACACAAUAAAAACAGCAAGUACAAAAAUUUUCUCAAGGAUCCUGUUGGAAUAGAAGUGCUGAUCAAGAGGUACCGAAGCGGCGAGAGCCACCCAGUGACAUUGCUGCAUCAGAUGGCCCAGACUAUGCAGUUCCACUUGGAAAUUAAGGAGACAGUCACCACUGCUGAUGUAAGUGGGUUUUUCUUCGCCUUUUGUGUGGUGAUUGAUGGCAUCCAGUACAAGACUGGGAUGGGGAUAACGAAGAAAGAGGCCCGGUUCAAAGCAGCAGAGUUGGCUCUUGCGGACCUGCUGCCCGUGUUUGAGAAAGAGAAGCAUUCUCCCGUCAAAGUUUUAGCUAUGCCACCUUUUCUCGUGGUUAAAGAGGAAUCCUCCCAUUCAGAGAUCCAGGCCAACAAGCCUCCUGAGAGGGAGAGUUUCGCCAACUUCCAGAUACCAAACGCUGUCAAGGAUCAACUCAUCAAGUUAAUGAACAGUCAUCCGCAGUUCUCAGCCUGCACCGCCUCCAUUGCAGCAUUCGUCAUUCAGACUUCCACUGGUUGUGAGGUGGUAGCUGUAGGCACUGGUAACUACAGCACCAAAGAGAGCAUUUCAACAAGUGGACGCAUGGUGCACGACUCGCACGCUGUGGUCACUGCCAGGCGGUCCCUCAUGAGAUUCCUCUAUCAACACCUGCUGAUGUUCUUCAGCAAAAUGGCAAACCUUGUAGAGAAGUCUAUCUUUCAGCGCAGCAACAACGACCUCCUAAGCCUUAAGAGUGGCAUCCAGUUGCACCUCUACCUAAACCAAGUGCCUAAGGGUGCCAUUCAAAUGCCCUCCAAGCUGUCCCUGCGCCCGCAAACCAUAUCAUCAUGGGAGAUGAGCAUUGAGAUGGGUCUGCACGUGUCAGUGGAGGGCAAGGUGUUCCCAGUAAUCGCCAUUGCCCCCGAGUGCCUCCACACCAAAGUGGUCAGUUUGUCAUCCAUGGACAAAAUCGCUCAAUGGCAAGUGCUGGGCUACCAGGGAGCCUUGCUGAGCCAUUUCAUUGAACCCAUCUACGUCCAAAACAUCUUCGUAGGUGAUGAAGACAUUCGCGGCAUCGAGAUGAUACUGAGACAACGCACAGAAGGCAUCACCAAUCAGCUACCCAUGCUCUACUGCAUGGUGAGGCCUCACAUUAGUGCAGUACCGGCUGUUGCCAGUAUUAGUGCUGACAAUGUAGGCCAGGUGACGUACGGUUUCAACUGGAGCAUUGGCGACAGCUCCAUCGAGGUGGUGGAUGGUCUGCUUGGCAAGACCAUAGAUGAGUCUCCCUUCAAGAGUGGACCUGCCCUUUCAAGUCGCCUGUGCAAGGCAGCAAUGCUACGCCGCUAUAAAUUUGUAGCCGAAGGUGCUCAGAGGCAGGACUUACUGGCUACACCUUCCUACAGAGAAGCCAAGAGGAUGGCAAAGCAGUACCAGGAGGCCAAGAAUGCACUGCGGACGAGCCUGAUGCAACAAGGUUUCGGUUGCUGGCCAAAAAAGCUCAUGGUCAGUGAUGACUUCAACAUGUAGAUUUUACCAAACAAAUUGUUUGAAUGAGAAAUUUAAAAUCUUAAGUUAAGGAUGAAAAAUACAACAGUUGUUUAACCAAUUUUUGCUAAAAAUGCAAACAAAAAAGCUAUUCUUGUCAAUAGAAUUCUGAUCUGUUUUCGCUGCUUACUUUUUUGUGAAUCAGCAGUCCUAAAAAUAAACAACCCUUAAAAUCUUAAAUUUGUCUUCCUUCAUAGCAGCACCGAACCCUGUCUAGCAUGCGAACACUUGUCUGUGAUUUGUGUUGUGUUAUAGCACAAGCAUGCAGGAAACACACUCAGGUUUCCUGUAUGUGUUUGUAGGAGACAUUAGUGUCUCAUCAAUUGGCAAGUUUUCUCAUUUCACUGAUUGCAAAAAGAAAUGUAAUUUUCUGCAAGUUUCAAGGCAUUUCCUUGUCGAUUGUACAUACAUCUUCUAUUUGACUUUUUAAUUAUUUUUUAUAUGAAUCAAUUUUAAAAAGUGCUCCAUGAAUAAUAAUCAUGUCUUUAUGGACCACAUAUAUUUAGGAUUGAUGGAGAUGACUUAUUUGGAAGAAAUUCGCAACAAUUUUGCUGUACCUUUUACGUAGUACCGUACUAAUAUUAAUUUAUAUGUAUACGCAUUUGUAUUAUGGCAUGCGCAUACAUUGGCGCUUUUAGGUCACCUGACUUAACAGGUUUUUGAAAUACAGGCUGAUUAGGAUAAUAGCAAUAAUAAUGAGCACUGUAUGGUAGCAUUAAAAAAAAAAAAAAAAGACAGGCAUAGAGGGGAAAAUAUUUUCACAAGACAUUACAUGAAUGUGUAUAUUUAUUUUGUCCCCAACAUGGUGCACCCAAUGAGUUUCUUGCAGGCUUGUUUUGUGAGUAGCUUAUUCGUGAUAAGACAUUAUGAUUUCCUUGAAAAAUGCAUGAAACAUGUGACUUUUAUUUAUGUUUUUCUCCACUAUUACACUUUGGGAAU